CAGCGAUAGGCUGAUAGCCCCCUACAGCCUACAGCCUACAGGCAGCGUAGUUGAGAUAGGUAGAUUGAUCGCGCAUGUGGAAAUUUUGAGUAACGAGCAGAGCAGACGGGAGAGCUUCGUCGGCACCACGUAAGGGUGCCUCCACGACCACCACACACCAUUUCCCACACGCCACACACCACACACCACAGAACUCACAAUGGCACUACGGAUAAGUCCCAUAACAGCCCAAUUGGGCAAGUUAUCCAUCGGCAACACUACCUCCAGAACCAGCAUACGACUCGCAUCCACGACGAAGAGGAGGAAGGGCGAGCGGAUUGAGCCGAGUUUCCAGCCCGGCCACGGCGAAAAGAUCUACGUCUUCAAACACUUCUUAGAUGGGAUGACGGUAUACUCACACGACCCCGUGCUCAAGGCAAACCGCGCAUUUAGACAGAUACCGUUCAAUGGAAAGAAACUCAGGCCUGCGAAGCUACGGAAGGACUACUGGCGGCCGAUGGCCAUGAUCCAAUUCCCGGACGGGCAGGGCGAGGUGGGCCGCAGCGUGUACCAGCGGUUGCGGGAGUGCAAGAAAUUGCACGAGUACUCGUGGGGCGAUAGCGUGCUGUACGGGGAGAAAGGAGAGACGCUCACGACGCAUGACCGCGGCCGCCGCCUCAACGACCAGCGCGCCAACACCAUCGCCGACAUGGCCGCCGUGCUGGGAGGCCUGGGCAAAGGCAACAAGAUCGUGGUCGGAGCCGCCGCAGAGGACACGAGCGGCAGUGAAAUAACGGUGCCCACUGCCACCGAGGACGAUGGCAAGACACUUGUCCAGGCGACCGUCUGGUGGGCCGACGGACUCGAUCAGAACUACGCCGAGAAAUGGUCCAAGAAUGUCACACAUCAUCUUUUCGAGAAUGCGAUCCUGGUGCCGACCGAGACCGCGACCGAGACCGCAACCGCGACCGCGGAAAAUGCAGAAAGCGUGGCGGCCGAGAUAUGAAUAAUGGGAGUAAGAGCUUACGUAUAACGCCAAACAAAUGUCACAGAUUUAAAAACAAAUAUUAUGUAUGUCAUCGCUGGCAAGCAGGCAGGAAAAGUCUGCUCCGUGUUCUAGCUCUUCGAGC